AUGCAAUGUGCGGAAAAACAUCGAGCGAUUGCCAAGUUUAUUACAAGCGAGCUGUAUGCUACAGAGAAAUCGUUUUAUCAAUUCUUGUUGUUUGUUCGUUCUAGCUAUAUGGAGCCAAUGGAAAAAAAUUCUCAGAAUAGAACUACAUUAUUUAGGUCAAACGACGAUGUCUAUGUCUUAUUUUAUCAUCUCCCUGAUCUUGUGUCUGUUGCCUCAAAAAUGUUAUACAAGCUAGAGACGUAUGAUUUUGAUGAUUGCCCGGGCUUAGUCAUUGGCCGAAUUUUCAAAGAACUAGAGCAAGAUCUAGUGAUUUUUUUAAAGUAUGCAGUUCAUUAUCGGGGUCAUAUGAAAGCAAUUCGUCGAGCCAGUCAUAGUGCGAGAAGCAAUAAUAAAGUGGAGUAUAAUCGUCUGGGAUUGGCUGACUAUUUGAUUGCACCAUUCCAGCGCGUGCCACGUUAUGAAUUGUUACUGAAUGAUCUUUGCAAAUACGCCACUGAUCAGCAUGAAGACCUAAUCUAUGCCAGGAACAUGAUCAGCAGUCUAGCUGCUACGAUGAACCAAGUACAACAAAAUAUUUCUGUAAAUAAGUAA